UGCACGUCGCUAAAUCGAAAGUUCAGACUUAACCUAGCCGUUGUAGAAAAUGCAGUGAUUUGAGCGCUGGUGAACAGUGGUGGACAAGUUCGUCACAUCUGCACGGUCUCUUCAACAAUGUGUCGUCUAUAAUGUUGUAAAGUAUCUAAAGGCGACGCUACUUUUAGGACGAGAUUUCGUAGUGGUGCUCGUCGAUACGCGAAAAAGUCGCUAAACAAAUGACUAGGCGGAUCUGACACUGCGCUGUAUACGGCGGUUGUGUGACGUAGAGAACAGACCUGUAUGAGCCAGUGAAAUAAGUCACCAAAAUGGGUGAGGUUUCUGAAACAGCAAAAUAACUGUACAGACUGAUCAUCGGGAUCGGCCUCUUUUGGAUAGCAAUAGUCAUCAAGCAUACGAGCAAUACUGAUCGACGUCAUCAAUGACUGGAACCUAAAUCGGCUUCCCCCGGUCCUCUGUACCUCGGUUCGAGUUUCUACCACAGCUUAUCUCAACGAUCGAUACGCGUCAGCUAAUUCUAAAUCGUGUUUCGUGGUCGUGGCCUCUCAUAUAUACCAGAAGCACAGGCAGCGGCCGGCGCGGCAAGGUGGCUUUGCUUCUGCAUCUGGAUGUCUGUCCCUCUCUGUAGACAGACUCCCUUUCUCGAAUCGUCCUUUCUCCGUAGCGACGAAGCUGCUCGCAGAUUCAUAGGGCCCAAGUCGCCGGAGCCGCUGCGGGUCCCGAGGUUAUACCUUUAUACGGGUAUCGAAAAUUCGCCCAUCUUGCAGUCACUUUUCCAAGCUUCGCGCUGGGCUGCGCGCCUUCAUCGUCGGUGGUUCUCGCGAACGCCGGCGAGAUGACCGUUGAUCUUUAUCAUAUGGAGGUAUCGGCGGCAUGCAGAACUGUUCGGCUAGUAGCUAAGACGAUUGGCGUCAAUUGUAAUCUAAAGGAAGUGGACCUUUUUGCAGGGGAACAAAUGAAACCCGAAUUCAUUAAGCUAAACCCUCAACACACGAUCCCCACAUUGGUUGAUGGCGACUUCGCGCUUGGUGAAUCUCGAGCUAUUUCUACAUACCUCAUUAACAAGUAUGCUCCGGGUCACCGACUCUACCCAGACUGCCCCCAAAAGCGAGCUCUCAUCGACAGAUAUCUAUAUUUCGACAUCGGGACGUUGUACAAAUCAAUUGGCGACUAUUUCUAUCCGAAAUUGAUGUUCAACAAAGAACUCGAACCUGAUCGGGAAAAAAAGCUGAAGGACGCACUUGGAUUCCUGGAAGCCUUCCUCAACGGUCAGGAUUUCUUGCUUGGCAAGGAACCGACAGUCGCAGAUCUCUCGAUCUCAUGCAGCCUCUCAAUGCUUGAGAUCACCUCAUACGGUUUUCCUGCUUUCCCCAUAGCGGAGGCAUACUACAAUCGUCUCAAGCAGCUGCCGCACUGGGAAGAGUGCAAUGCGAAAGGUAUCGAGGGUUUCAAGCAAUUUGCCGCCGGAAAACUUCAAUAGCAGCAAUAAUGGAAUCAUUUCAGUAUGCCUACGAGCUGUCGAAGUAUUGGGCAGCUACGCGUGACCAACUAAUAAAAUGACGUUCUUGUGGGCUCUAAUCUGCUGCUGGGGUCGUUAAGCAUUUUCGACCCAACGAAAGAAAUGCCUACGUACGAAACUGCCAGCAGGGCCUGAAUUGCACAGGACAAUACACGCAAUCAUGAAACUGUGACGGAAGUAAUCGAACAAAGUAAAAAAUUAUAUAAUUCCUAUACGAUACAUACAAUAUUCUUAAUAAAAAGAGCAAUAAGCCAGAGGUUUGUGCGUAUCCCGGACCGACUGGCACACAGGCGCGUACAGCCAGUCCUACGCAGAGAGAACUUACCGAAUAGUUUAAUGGUACUAAUAAAGAUUACCUCAACAAUAUUUGCGGCAGAUAUUUUU